AUGACUUCAUUCACAUUUUCAAAGUUCUCAAGCAAUGUUGUUGACGAGAAUGUUAAGGUACCAACUAACAUUGAUGAAGCAUUGGCCCUACCUGAGUGGAGACAGGCAGUUAUGGAAGAAAUGGAAGCUCUUGAGAAAAAUAACACUUGGGUAGUGGUAAACCUACCAAAGGGAGCAAAAUCGGUUGGAUGUAAGUGGGUGUUUAAUCCAAAGAAUAAAGCUGAUGGAAGCUUAGAAAAAUACAAAGUAAGAUUGGUUGCCAAGGGUUUCUCACAAACCUAUGGCAAGGACUACACAGAAACUUUCGCACCAGUGGCAAAGUUAAACAUAAUCAGAAUUUUACUAUCACUAGCUGUCAACCUAGAUUGGCCUCUGCAUCAAUUGGAUGUCAAAAAUGCUUUCCUCAAUGGAGAACUCAAGGAAAAGGUCUAA